AUUUGAAGAUGUGAAUUGAUAAAUCAAACUAUAAGAUUAAAAUGUAUCUAACUUUAUAAAAUAUUAUUCAGUUAGGUACUAAGCGAUAGAAGUUAUGUUAUGUUUUUAUUUGUGAUAUAAUAGGUUAUUUAAAAAAAUGGCUUCAAAGUUGCCCAAAAAUGCGAUGGGUUUAAAAGAGUUUCUUCUUCGGCAAGAGGUUCUCAAGCUGUAUAGGGAUAUUUUUCGAACAUUAAGAAAAGUGCCUGAUAAGAGAACUCGCGACGAAUUAAAAGACUGGGCGAUAGCAGAUUUUAAAAAUAAUAAACAUCACACUGAUGAAACUGUUAUUAAAUCAAUGUUACACUAUGGAAGAAAGUCAUUAAAGGAUCUUCAAAGAUCUCUUGCUCUUAGUGAAAGUUAGUUAUGUUAAAAUAUAUAGUAUUUUUUAAUCAAUAAUAUUUUAGAUUGUGAUUAGUUUUAUUUGAUAAAUAAUAUAAUACAAUUA